AUGACGUCCUGGAGGAGCGAGGACGGGUUACAUAUGGUCAUCCGCAAGUGGAGGGGCCCAAAGGAAAAGAUUGGAAGCCGCGCUGGCGCGAGCAGCGAGCGCAGCGGAGGCCGAGAGAAGUCCUUUGCGACAAGACUCUUGGUGAGGUACAAAGCAACAACAAGAGGGUACGUCAAGGAUAGCUUCGCGGAGUGA